CAUGGGAAACGUUUAAGCGACGUAAUUUCCGGUCCACAUGUCUGACUUCACUCCGACGUACUAUUGAAUUUAUUCAACGUUCUCAUAAAAAAAAAUUGAUUUGCGUUAACAUGAAGCUUCUUACGCAUAACAUGCUGACUUCUCACGUCAAGGGCGUCACCAACGGAUACCCGCUGCUAAUCAAGCCAACGGAGGUGAAAGUGAACGAGGUGGACUUCAACGCGCAAUUUGUCAGCCGUAUGAUUCCCAAGCUGGUAUGGAGCGCUCUGCUCCAAGCUGCAGAGGAGUUGGGUCAGCGACAAGACCUGCCCGGUGAACUGGUAGCUGACUUUGAACACAAUGAGGAGUUCCUCAAGAAAGUACACAGAGUUCUCUUGGAGGUGGAGGUGAUGGAGGGCUGUCUGCAGUGUCCCGAGUCGGGGCGACAGUUCCCCAUCACCAAAGGGAUCCCCAAUAUGCUACUCAAUGAAGACGAAGUGUAGGCACACACAGACACACACACACACACACACACACACACACACACACACACACACACUGACUGACUCGAUGUGUGUGUUUUUUGAAAACGGAAGUUGAACUGUUUUGCAAUGAUGUCAAGAAAAGAUCAGAUCAUUUUUACUUUUUCCCAGCCAAAUGGAAAUUCAAUGCCCUGUUCUUUUAUCUGUAUUUAUUUUUGUACCCGCCCUCCUUUCCAAUAAACCCUUAGAUUCCAUUGACA